AGAGGAGCACAGACCACAGGACAUCUUACUCUCAACGCAAGAGCACGCGUCGUGUGACUGAUUACAUAUAGUUUUGUUUCGUGGUGUUUUUGUUUUUCGGAAACAUGUUUUGUGAGAUACCCGUUUUUGGAAGAUGCUGCUUUUGCAUGCCCCUGAGAAGGGGUAUAUUGACUUUUGGAUACUUAAACAUUGUGUUCGCCGCUUUCAUGGUGGGCGUGUACAGCUACUCUGUACACUUCAGCUAUGACAUGGCGAUGGUGUACCACGGCGUCGCCGGGAACGCGGACAGCGGUGUCUGUCUCGCGAUAUACUGCGCUGAUAUCAUAUUCAGUGUUGUCUUGCUCUACGGAGCACAUAGACAAAUUAUAAUCUACCUCAAAGUAUUUUACUACUACACCCUUUGCACCCUGUUUGCGACUAUUGUGCUGGAGAUCAUAGUGGCAACUCAGAGGUAUUUCUUCAUGGAGUUGGAACUGCUUCCUCUGUUCUUUGCAGGAAUUGCUAUCCACAUCUACCUCAUAUUCCUGGUGAGGAGUCUCCUGAAGAAGUUGGAGAUAUCAGGCCACACGUACGAGAACCAGCUCCACCAGAUCGUGAACGGGGAGAUCGUUAAAGAAGGCAACACGAUCUAUCCGAGCACAGUAGUUCCUGUGGAAACUGCGUAAACACUCCAAAAGAUAAUACGAGUGCAUUUUUAGAUAUGUGAAGACAUUCAUCAUCAUCAUUAUCAGCCGAUGUCUAAUGCCGGCCUCUUGUUAAGACUUCCAAAUACCGCAGUCUUGGCUACCUUGAUAUCACCGGUCCAUCCAGUGGAAGGUCAAUUAAUACUUUUUUAUCCAGUGCGGGGUCGUCGCCAGGACAUUGUGAUCCUAACCUCCAUCGACUUUUCGAACUAUCUGAAGAUUUCAGUAAAGUGAAUCAUCAUAAUCAUUCAAAAGAAGAUGGAGUUACUCCGUGAAUGAUUAUUAAUAACUUUAUGACAGAUGUACGUGCUGAAAUACAAGACAUUUACGAUCAAACAGAACACCGAAACUCGAAAGGACGUUUCAAGAAAGAGUUUCCUUACAAUUAAUGCGGAAAAAUCAAAUUCUAUGUUAUUUAGAUUGUAUAUAGAUGUAGACUCUUCAAUGAGAUCGCUGCAGAUGUAUUGGGGGAUUUGGACAAGUAUGAAAGCUCUAAAUAUUCAAGAUCAGAGAGCGACGUCACGUCUCUGAUAGUUUUUGUGAAACUUAGAACGUUGGAACCAAGAUGGAUUGUUGAAGAGAAGAUCAAUGCUAAUGUCUCCGUGAAUGUAUUUGAUGUCCACGACUGGUAUAAAAUUUGGAGACUACUGAAAGAUAUUUUUUUUAAUGCAAAUAGGCUCGCGUUUGACCAUGAUCCAACCUGAUGGUAAGUGUAUAAGAUUCAGGAAGCACAGACUUGGGUAGGAUAUUCCAAACCUUAGCCGUGCGUAUGAGAAAAGAUGACGCAAAGCGUUUUGUACGGGUCCUAGGGACAUCUACAACAUAGGGAUGAACACCCGAUGUCUUGCGGUGCGAUGGUAAAAAGGCGAAGGUGGUAUGACGUCGAAUAGUUCCUGAGCACGCUUUCCAAGAUGAAUUGAUAGUGUUUCGCUGAAUCUUUUACAGUUCUGCGUUGGGACGUGCCUAAGCACAUUUGACUCUAUAGUGUAUUAUCUAUGCAUUUGACUUCUACCCAGUCAACAUUAUUUUGUGUCAUAGUGGACAUUUUGUCAAUAGAUUUAAUUUUUUUUUGAUGGGUUGAUAAUAAAGACAAAAAUAGAGAAUACCACAGCUGAAGCUAUAAAAACGAAACUGCGCAUAUCAAGUUGUAUUAAGAAAACAUUGAAUCUUUUAAACACAUACCUAAUAUGAAAACCUGAUACCAUUUUACAAGUUUGCGGUAAAUAUGUGAUUUAUACUCGAUAUGUAGGUUUUGUAUGUGGUUCACCACGUGAUAUUGAUGUUUUAAAGUCUUUGUAAUAAAGAUGCAGAUGAGAUACCUACCGGUAAAACAGGAUUGUGUUUAAAUAAAACAUACGAGGUCGUUGGCCGCUUUUGAAUGAUUCAACUUAGAUGGUGUGGCUGUAGGUAUUUGUAUUUUUGCGUUGGUCUAUUGGAAUGCGAGAUAUUAGGCUAAAAACGCACAUUAUAAAGGUAAUUUAUAUACAUUUGGAUUUCUAAAUGAUAUCAUAAAAUUCAUUUUGUCUUGAAAAAGGAAAAAAUUGCAAUGUUUUAAUGAUCUCUUUUCUCAUGCUUAAAAUAAUAUAUUUACAUUUUAUUUUUGAACUAGAUGUUAUACUAUUCAAUUAAAAUACCUACAUAUAAUAUUUUGAUUUAAAUCGUAAGUCUAGAUCUAGAUGAAUAACUUCUAAGUUAAAAUAGCUAAACUUUCAAGACAACUUUUAGAACUACUUUUAGCUUCUCAUCUCUCAUUCUGAAUGAUAUCCUAAUAAAUAAAACAUGACUGUACUAAAUAUAGUCUUGUGAUAGAUUAGACACUGAAUUUUUACGUUAAAGUCCUUGAAAGUAUAAAAAGCUUUUAGUAAUGAUUAAAGAUCCUAACUUUUAAUGUUUUGUUACCAAAGAUCUAUCGCAAUUAAUAAAUUAAGUUAUUUUAUGUAAGUACAAAAAAUAUAAAGAUAAUUUAAUAUAGUU